AUGAGCUGCGGCAGCGGCCUCCAAGUGGAGGCGCUGGACGCCUCUUUGCCACUGCCAUCCCAUCAGCAUCCGCACUCUCCCGCUGCUGCUGCUGCUGCUGCUGCGUUCCCAUUCCAGCUGCCGCCAGUGGUUCUGCCUGUGGAACAUGGCAGAAGCAAUUACCAUGACACAGGCGCGGCCGCGGCCGCGGCAGAGUCGUUGGCAGGAUUAGCAGGAUAUACACGAAAUUAUUAUGGCACUUCUGGUGGCAGCGAUGACUUGGCCAGGGCCACAUAUGGAAAUUAUGCCCCACACCAUCUCUGGCCAUCGCUGGGCAGCACGGCAAAUGGAUUUGUGCCCUUCUCCUCCCACUACGACAGCAAAGUGCCGCUGCACUCGCUCUAUGGCGGUGGAGGGGAGCACGAGCAGGCCGAGCAUCACGGACAGCGGGGUAAUAUCGAUUUUGUCAUUAAUACUGGAAAUUAUGAGGCAAAUGUCGCUGGUCCUGGUCCUGGUCCUGGUCCUGGGGCUGCCUAUCAAAGCUAUGGAUAUCAGCCUUUGCCUCUGCCUCUGCCUCAGCAACAGCAACAGCAACAACCCCCCUACAGCCAUUACCAUUUCGAACAAAUUUCCAAUUAUCGCCCGGCAAGGGAGGCUCUGACUGUGGAGCUGCAGGAGGCGGGGGAGGACAAUGAGUCUGGUGUCUAUUCCAGGAUCAAGGAGCGCCAGACACUGGUGAACCCUGUAAAGCGCCAGCAGGAGGAAGAGAAGCUGAACCUACGAAAACGGCAACUGGAAGCGAAAGAGCGACAGAAGGAGCCGCGGGAACGCCAGCGACUGGGUAGCCGGCAGGAUCAACAGGAGCAGCAGCUGCUCUACUCCCACACCGACGCGCACAUUGCAAAAAGUGGCGGCAACUUCCUGCCACCGAUUACCAGCAGCGUGCACCACACACCGACGAGCAGCAAGGCCCUGGCCGGCGUGCCGCUGGGCAAGCACAUUGAGAUCACUCGCCAGGUGCCCAUCACCCACUACCAGAAGCUGCUGGUGCCCUACAAAGAGAAGCUGCAGUUGCAGGUGCCUCGCACCGUUAUAGCCGCCGUGCCCAGGCCUGUGGCCAUCAAGGUGCCCGUCACCAAGACGGUGGCCGUGCCCCAGCUGCAGGAGCUGAAGAUACCCAUCGAGCGGAUCAAACCUGUGCCCGUCGAGCGACCCAUUCCGUUUGUGGUCGAGCGUCGUGUGCCCUACCGAGUGGAGAAGGCUGUGGCCACUCCCGUCUACUAUCCGUAUCCCGUCAAAGUGCCCGUGGUAAGGACGGUGGUGCACAAACAGCAUCCCCACUACGUGCCAUCGGGUGGUUGGGCUCCAGCAGCUGGCAAUCAUCUCUUGGGUUGA